AUGUCGUCAACCUGGGAAGCCAUCGGUCUUUAUGAACUCGGAAUGGGAAGGAUCCACGGGAUCACCGGGAACGGCCUCCAUGGGUUUGAUAGUGUUGCGCUGUAUAACUUCACAUUGGAACAUCUGGCAGUCACCGCGUAUGCCUCGCCCGGCUUCUGGAUCGGACAGAUGGGACUGUCGCCGCUGCCACUAAACUUCUCAGAGACAAUCAGCUCGCCAUCUUUGAUCUCAGCUCUCAAGGAUGAUGGUCAUAUACCCAGUCUGACGUAUGGAUAUCAGGCUGGCGCCCCGUAUCGCAAAACAAAGAUAGCCGCCAGCCUCGUUCUUGGAGGCUACGAUCUUGCACGUGCAUCAGAGCCCUUGACAAUUGACAUCAACACCGACAUGUCCAGAGCUCUUACAGUCGGUCUCCAGGAUAUCAUAGUAACCGACUCAUUGAACGGAACACUUUCGCUGGUUGACAAUGAACGAAUCCUUGCUCCGAUCGAUUCGUCCAUCCCAGAGAUAUGGCUCCCGAAGUCUGUCUGCGAUCGCUUUGAGUCCGUAUUCGGUUUGGAGUAUCAUGAGAGGUCGGGCAGAUACGUCCUCAGGGAUUCGGCCAGGGAUCGACUUCGGGGACUUAAUCCCACCUUGACGUUCACUAUUGGUACCAACGCCGUGACAGGUGGCAACACUUCUUUGAUCCAAAUCCCAUAUGCGGCUUUCGAUCUGCAGGCAGGGUAUCCAAUCUUUGCGAAUGCGACAAACUAUUUUCCGAUUCGAAGAGCUGAUAAUGAGAGCCAGUACGCCAUUGGUAGGGCGUUCCUACAAGAGGCUUACAUCGGCGUUGACUUCGAGAAUGGCAUAUUCAACGUCAGCGCGGCGAAAUGGGACGAUCUGGAAGCUGAUAUUGUGACUAUACCAGCUGCUGACCGUGACUCCGAGGUAGCCCGCGGGCAGGGCAUCUCUGGUGUGCUGGUAGAAGAGAAGGGAGCUCACGACGCGCUAGAUCCAGCUCCGGAGCUGACAGGUGUGACCUUUCACGAGCUGCCAGCCAAACACGGCGAUAGCGAACUAGAGGAUAUCGUGACAGUACCGGAGCUGGGUAGGGAGGAUCGUGUUCAUGAGUUGCACCAAGAUUGCGUUCGAUGA